AUGCUCCGAAGAGACGAAACAGAAGGCGACCGAGACGAUUCGGAACAUCGACGCCACAUGACCAUCUACACAGACGGUUCCGCCAAAGAUGGGACUAGGGACGGAGGGUCAGCAAUGGUUGUUACGACAGGUGAUCCCCUCGACCCUCAAACCAACUUCUUCGAGACGAUUCGCGGCAGGAUGCUCACCUCCUCGUUUGACGAAGAGAAUGAGACACUGGGAGCUGCAGUUAGGUGGUUGGAGGAUAACACCCCUAACAAUAGUGACAAGGGCCUUAUUUGCACUGAUAGCCAAGCCCUGACAUCGGCUCUGGCAAACGACAGCAGAGAAGUGAGCAACAUCACUAGAAAACUUGACACACUCAACCGCGAGAUCAUCAUUCAGUGGAUCCCUAGCCACGUGGGCAUUGUAGGGAACGAGAGGGCCGACGCUCUGGCCAAUGAAGCCUCUGGGUUGAAGGAGAGAGCAAAACCAACCACCUACAAGAGCUCCGUAGCCACCAUCAAACGUACGAUUAAAAAUCCAAGCCCCUCUCACGCCAGAACAGCUCAGGUCUACCAAAAGCUGUCAAGAAAACGUGACGAAAAGACCCUUCUGUCGAUAAGAGGCGCAGUCAUGCUAGCCAGGCUCCGCUCUGGAUACAGCAUGCUCUUGGCCGGGUAUAGGACUCUGAUGAACCCCGCCGAGAGCCCCUCCUGUCCCAGAUGCGAGGAGGCCAACGAAACAGUGGAAUACUGGCUCCUCGAUUGCCCUGAGACGAUAGCGGCCAGACAAGAAAUUUUUGGACGCACGACGGUGGAAUUGUCAAUUCUCGCCAAAGACCCAGAAGGUGCGGUCGCGCUGGCGAAGCGGACCCUUCGGAAAACUUCGGCGCACCCACAAUGA